AUGAAAUUUUUGAGAUUUUUUUUGGUAUUAGGUGCCAAUCUAUUGGUCCCAUCUUUGGCAAUAGGCCUUAGAAACGAUCCUACACCAUCAACAAGUACCGCAGUACCACCUCCAGAAAGACGCCUUAGAAACGAUCCUACACCGUCAACAAGUACCACAGUACCACCUCCAGAAAGACGCCUAAGAAACGAUCCUACACCCUCAACAAGUACUUCAGCACCUCCUCCAGAAAGACCACCAUGUCCAGCGGAUUGUCCACACCCCCUGUUUGUCCCUGACAGGGAUUGUUGCAAAUAUUGGCAAUGCAACUGCGGAACAGGUACCCUAUUGAGUUGUCCAUCUGGUCUGAACUGGAACCCUGUUUUGGAUACUUGUGAUUGGCCAGGAUCGGCCCGUUGUACUGGUCAAGGCUGGCGCAAGGCAGAUUUGAAAUGCCCGAAAAAUUCUUCAUCGGAUGAGGAUGAUUCAUCAAAUAAUUCAUCACAAGAGGAAAAUUCAUCAAAUAAUUCAUCACAAGAGAAAAAUUCAUCAAAUAAUUCAUCACAAGAGAAAAAUUCAUCAAAUAAUUCAUCACAAGAGAAUUCAUCAAAUAAUUCAUCACAAGAGAAUGAUUCAUCAAAUGAGGACAAGUCAUCUAAUGAGAAUAAUUGA